AUGAAUCAACUACACCAGAAACGUCUUAUUCGUUGCCAGUGUCGUUAUUCCGUCUCUGUUUUGCCACACUUUACAUCGAUUUAUUUCCGACUUAUGUUUUUCAUGCCGCUUGUCAUUCGUCAAUAUUUUUUCUUUUCCUCUCGCAUUUAUGCUAUCUUCCAUUUAUUGUUUUUUCUUUUACCUACUUUUCAUUUUUAUUUUCUUUCUUUUUGUUUUCUUACCUUUCAUUUUCCUUCAUUUCAUUUUCCUUCUUUCAUUUUUUUCAUUUUCAUUUUCUUUCUUUUCCUUUUUCUUUUUCUUCCUUUUCAUUUUGAUCCUUUUCAUUUUCCUUCUUUUUCUUUUCCUCCUUUUCCUUUUCCUCCAUUUCAUUUUCCUUCAUUUCAUUUGCCUUCUUUUCAUUUUCCUUCUUUUCCUUUUGUUUCUUUUUAUUUUCCUUCUUUUCCUUUUGUUUCUUUUUAUUUUCCUUCCUUUCAUUUUCCUUCUUUUCAUUUUCUUUCUUUUCCUUUUUCGCCUUUUCAUUUUUUUUCUUUUCGUUUUCCUCCUUUUUAUUUUCAUUUUUUCAUUUUCCUUAUUUUCAUUUACCUCCUUUUCAUUUGCUUUCUUUCCCUUUUCAUUUUGCAUUUUCCUCCUUUUCCUUUUUCUCGUAUUAAUUUUCCUUCCAUUCAUUUCCCUCCUUUUUAUUUUCAUUUUUUUUAUUUUCUUUCUUUUCCAUUUCCUCCUUUUCCUUUUCCUCAUUUUCAUUUCCCUUUUUUUCUUUCCCUGCUCUUCAUUUUCCUCCAAUUUAUUUGCCUUCUUUUCAUUUUCCUUCUUUUCAUUUCCUUUAUUUUCAUUUUCCUCCUUUUCCUUUUUCUCCUUUUCAUAUUCCUUCUUUUCAUUUUCCUUCUUUUUCUUUUCCUCCUUUUCAUUUUUUUCCAAUUCAUAUUCCUUCUUUUCAUUUUCCUUCCUUUCAUUUUCUUUCUUUUUCCCCCUUUUCCUUUUUCACAUUUUCCUUUUUCUCUUAUCCUUUUCCUCCUAUUCAUUUUCAUUCUUUUCAUUUUCCUUCUUUUUUAUUUUCCUUCUUUUUAUUUUCUUAUUUUUCUUUUGCUCCUUUUCAUUUUCUUUCUUUUCCUUUUCCUUCUUUUCAUUUUCCUUCUUUUCAUUUUCCUCCAUUUUAUUUUCAUUUUUUCAUUUCCCUCCAUUUUAUUUUCAUUUUUUUCCUUGUUUUCCAUUUCCUCCUUUUCCUUUCCUUCCUUUUCUUUUUCGUUCUUUUCAUUUUCCUUCUUUUCAUUUUCGUUCUUUUCAUUUUCCUCCUUUUUAUUUUUAUUUUCCUUCUUUUCAUUUCCUUCUUUUUCUUUUACUCCUUUUCAUUUUCCUCCUUUUUAUUUUCAUUUAUUUCAUUUUCCGUCUUUUUCUUUCCCUCCUUUUCCUUUUCCUCUGAUUUAUUUGCAUCUUUUCAUUUUCCUUCUUUUCAUUUUUCUUCCUUUCAUUUUCCUUCUUUUCAUUUUUCUUCUUUUCAUUUUCUUUCUUUUCAUUUUCAUCCUUUUUUUUCAUUUUCCUCCUUUUCCUUUUCAUUUUCCACCUUUUUAUUUUUACUUUUUUAUUUUCCUUCUUCUCCUUUUCCUCCAAUUUAUUUGCCUUCUUCUCAUUCCCUUUAUUUUCAUUUUCCUUCUUUUCAUUUUCUUCCGUUUCAUUUUCCUCUUUUUCUUUCCAGUUUUUUUCAUUUUCCUUCUAGCAAAUCCCUGUUACAGACGCACGCUCAAUCCACAGCGUCCCAGCGGAUUUUAG